AUGGCAUCAUCUUCUUCCCAUUUUCAUUACCACAAAAGCCGUAAUGAUGAUGCUGAAUUUGAAUCUCUUUUUGACGAAUUAUUAGAAAUUCCCGAUGACAUUCCCGAACCAAAAAUGAGGAAAAAACGUGCUUUUAUCGAGAGACACCGGGAAGAAGGAGAUAUAAAGCUCUGGAAUGAUUAUUUUUCUGAGACUCCUACAUACCCUCACAAUAUAUUCCGGCGACGGUUUAGAAUGAGCAAGCCAUUGUUCAUGCGUAUUGUCCAUCGUCUCUCAACGGAAGUAGAGUAUUUUGCUCCAACACAAGAUGCAGUCGGAAGGUCAAGUCUAUCACCGCUCCAAAAAUGCACCGCAGCAAUUCGUCAGUUAGCAUAUGGUGGUGGGGCUGAUACGGUAGACGAAUAUGUCCGAUGUGGUGAAACAACAGCUCGAAAAUGCUUGCACCAGUUUACCGCCGGAAUUAUUCACUUGUUUGGCGAUGAAUUUCUAAGACGGCCUACACCGGAGGAUCUUGAGAGACUACUACAUAUUGGAGAACAACGUGGGUUUCCCGGGAUGAUUGGAAGCAUCGACUGUAUGCAUUGGGAGUGGAAGAAUUGUCCUUCCUCUUGGAAAGGUAUGUAUUCCCGAGGAACCGAUAAACCAACAAUUGUGUUGGAGGCCGUAGCUUCUUAUGACCUUUGGAUAUGGCACGCUUUUUUUGGAGGUCCGGGUACUAUGAAUGAUCUUAAUAUUCUUGAACGAUCACCUGUUUUUGAUGACAUAAUUUAUGGAAGAUCUCCGCAAGUCGACUUCACUGUCAACGGAAGGGAGUACAAUUUCGCCUACUAUCUCACCGAUGAUGAACGACGUACAGAGACUGAAGAUGAGACGUUCCAAGGUCAAGAUACUUCUUUUUGCGUCAAGAUCCCGACUGAGCUUUUCACUCCAGUCACAGUUGAUGAUGAGAAGUAA